UUACUACUUAUAUUAAUAAAUACCAUAUAAUUGGUCAUAUAGAUUUGAUAUUGCAGUUUCUAUGAGGGUACCUCAUUUUCAUAUGUAAUCAAUAGAGUAUAAGUGGAGAUAUAGAAAGGAAUAGAAUAAAACAAUCAAAUUCAAUCAAUUCCAGUUGAUUCCCCUUGUCUGAAUAUUUCACAGACACAAAAGAAGUGACAAAGAAUCAAUUGGGAACCAAUGAUUGAUAACGGUUAUUGAACUUUUAAAGUUCAUCACUGCAUUAUCACGUUCUUUGACAACAGAGUGUUCAUGGAGGAUUACAACAAAUAUAAAGCUUGUUUGAAAUGUAGAGCUAAUUUUCCUUUAAAACUUUUAUUUCUUUUAUUUCCAUCACACAGAAGGAGUACAAUUAUUAUACACUCAGCUAACUAUUCUUGAAAUAUGGCUGAGAUAUGUUGACAUUUCAUCUGCACCAUAGCCGGUGUCUUAGUAGUACAUCUAAAAAAAAAUAACGUUUCUAAAUAAGUUAUUUCUUGAUGGAAUAACUGUAUGCCAAAGGACUAGAUUUAAGCAUACAGACAGGAUUGUAUUACACAAUUGAAGAAAAUACACCACGUGAAGUUCCGUAAAAACAUUUAGGAUUGGGUUACUUACAAAGAUGGAGCCAAAACAUAUUGUUGAUAUUGUUUUCAUGGUUACCGUGGGGGUCAUUGGUGUAUUUGGCAAUGCGUUGAUCAUCGUCACAGUGAUUUUCAACAAACAAUUACAGACUAUCAGCAAUGUGUUCAUCGUUUAUGUUGCCAUUGCCGACUUAUUUGUCUGCGCGUUCAUGUGCCCAAUUGUGGCAACGAACACAUUGAUGGGUUAUGACGUCAUUGGUUUCCAUUGUGCAUGGUUUGGCUACCUUUGUAUGAUAUCUUUAGGAAUAUCCAUCAACAUGUUGGCAGUCCUUGCGGUGGAUCGAUACUUCUAUAUUUGCAGACAAGGACAAUACAGAAAAGUCUUCAAUCCCAGAUCUGUUGUUGGAAUCUCGUUUGGAGUUUUGCUGUAUGUUUGCUUGAUGUGUAUGCCUGGAUUUUUUGGCUGGGGAAAAACAGCCUUUGUCACUAAGAUUGGCUAUUGCAUAUACAAUCACAUGGAUAGCAUAUCAUAUACACUAUUCCUGAUGAGUAUAGGUAUUAUCAUGCCGCUAACUAUUACAUUUAUAUGUUACAUUAAAACUUUCAUAACAAUUCGAUCGAGUUCCAAAUCAGUUGCGAGUCACAAUACAAAUGUGACAUCAAAAUCAACAGCCCAGAGUAAGAAAAUGAGACAGGUGUUGGCAUUUUUUCUGGUGUCACUCUUAUUUGUGUUAUUUUGGUCACCAUAUGCGCUAACUGUGAUCAUAGACUCUGGUGAUAUACUCCCAAAAGAAUGGCUUGUCUUUGUAACUAGAUUGGCCAUCAGCAACUCCUGCGUGAACAGUAUCAUGUAUGGUAUCGUCAACAAGAACUUUAGAAAUGGAUAUAAGAAAGUGUUAUUGUGUGGCACAAAACAAGAAGAACAUAGAGAGAUUAGCGUAAAUACUGUUACGAUGUCACAGCCAUAAUAUUAUUGUAAUGAGCUUCAUUGCACAACACUGACAAAUUACAAUGUCCUUAACUUUAACCGUCUGAGGAUGAGAUGCAUAUAUCCUGCCAGUUUGGUCUUUGCUUGUUUUAUGUUCUAGAAAAUCCAGAAGCUCGGAACAGUAAAAUAAAAGGAAACACCUGUACAGUAGAACACUAAUUGAAGAGUGACUUUGGUUGACUAUACAUAUAUAGUUUCCUAAUGAAUUUAGAACACAUGUAAAUAAUUGUGUUGAAUAAUACUUAAUACAAUGUUAA